AUGAUUGAAAUUCCAACUGAACACUUAAGCCUACUACUUCCAAAAUUUCUAAUUGACGAUGCCUUAGAAACAACCCUGUGCAAUCUUAAACCUCAGCUAUCCUCUGAUUCUAGCGAUUUUGAAAAUUCUUCGAUUCAAGAUACACCAAAUUCAUAUAAGACCUUAAAAUUUUCUCUAUCACCCCAAAUUACACCUUUUGAAAGCCGUCUCCACACAUAUCUUUUUAAAAAAAGUUCUCAAAUAAAAUCUGAAUCUGUGAAUCUUAGCAUGCUUUUUCAAGAUUUGAACUUUGAGCAAGAAAUUAAAAAUCAAGUCUCGAAAUCUCCUUUAUCUCUUUCUUCAGAGCUUGGGCUCUCCUUUUACAACGAAGUAAUUAAAUCAAUUCAAAUUUUUAAAAAGAAAUCAGCAAAGCUUAGUGCACAAGCUAAAAGCUUCAAUCCUGAAGAUUUCAAUAAAGAAAAUAUUCCUUUUAUCCAAAAAAAAUUAAAUAGAUAA